AUGGACAUCCACCGAUGCAGAUUUGUCCAGUAUCCUGCAGACCCCAUCCAUGCACUCGCCUUCUCCCAUCCUUCCAAUACAAAGGAAAAGACUCCCUCCGACUUACGCUUGGCCCUUGGUCGCGGGAAUGGAGACAUUGAGAUUUUCGACCCUCGGGAUGGCCGUUGGGUGCAGGAAGCAAUUUUCAAAGGGUCCAAGGACAGCAUAAUCGAGCAGCUUGCAUGGACACAAGAUCUUGUCUUGGAGGACGAGGCGGAAUCUCCAAAAUACUCAAGAGGGCCGCUGCGUCUUUUCAGUACUUCCGGAGCGAACACAAUCACAGAAUGGGACAUAGCUACAGGGUCACCUAGAAGGCAAACAGAGGCAAACUUCGGAGACAUCUGGUGCUUUGCCGUUCAACCUCAAAUUGAAAACCCAGAAAAGAUCAAAGGCCUGGAAGGCGGUGCACAUUCACAAUUGAUAGCGGCGGGCUGCGCAAAUGGCACCAUUGUUCUUUUCUCUACAGAGGACGAUGACCUUCGGUAUCUGCGGCCGCUGCUGACUCCACCAGUCAAGAAGCCUAGAGUUGUGAGCAUCACCUGGCGAGACCGCACUACCGUGGUCGCUGGAUAUGAGGACAGUACCAUUCGUGUCAUCGACUUACGCACCCGGACGACCAUCCGGCAUAUGAGUUUGGGCAAGCCAGUCGAUGGCGAGCAUACAGUGGUUUGGGCUGUCAAGUGUCUACCUGACGGCACAAUCAUUUCUGGAGAUUCCACCGGCGAAUUGAAAAUCUGGGAUGCUAAGAAUUUUUCUCUGGUUCAGAGACUGAAAUCUCACACUCAUGACAUUGUCGAUCUGGCUACGAAUGUGGACGGGAACGUGAUCUUCUCCUUUGGUGUAGAUCGGAGGACUGUCAGCUACAGGCCAGCCCUCACUCCCACAGGUGGCAAGAAAACGAGAUGGGCUGAGAUAUCUCAUCAAAGAUACCACCGUCACGACGUGAAGUGUGCCGCCACGUUCGAGAGCAAGGGUCUGAGUGUCCUAAUUUCUGGCGGGAUGGACUGUAAACCCGUUGUGGUGCCCAUCCGCAAGCUUCAGACGGAAUCACAUCGCAAGCUCUCCCCACUGCCCCAGAGAUGUCUGAUCUCGGCCUCGACAAGUGCAAGGAUGUUCGUAUCGUGGUGGAACUGUGAGAUUGUGGUCUACCGAGUACGCGCGCAAGGGAAUCUCUCGGAGAAUAUCGACUUUGAUGACACCACGGGCUCGUCAUACGAGAUCCUGGCAAAGUUGAUUGUACAGGGCGACGAAAAAAUUCAAGAUGCACAAUUAUCUCCAGACGGUCAAUUCAUCAUUGCAGCGACGUUGAACAGCGUCAAGCUGUUCCAAUUGCGACAGACUCAUGCAGGAGGCAAACCAUGCGUGCGCACGAGGACGAUCGACUUCCCCCCAGCUGUCGUCCGGUUGGGAGCCAAGAGGGCCGGGUUUAGCCCUGAUGGAAAAUGGAUCUAUACCAUCCGCAAAGACAACACCGUCGCAUUAAACAAACUUGUGCCCCCGGACGGCUCUACAGGGAGACCCACCAUCAACCCGAAGACGGUCAAACUAUAUCGGGCGUCGCGGAGAUCAGUUCAUUCCGCAUUGGGUGGCUAUUUACAAACGAUCAAUCAUGUCGCCAUGUCUGGCGACAGCCGCGUCCUCGCAGUAUCGGACGUCUCAGGUGCGAUCGACGCAUGGGUUCUCGAAGGCCACGAAGACUUGGACUACAUUGAGGACAACAAGCCAGGCUCCUCGUCAGACUCCUCUUCAGAUUCAUCCGAUGAUGAUGAUGACGACGAAGACGACUCUCCCGUCAUCCAUGCGCAAAAGUGGAUUCGGAACCCCUCUGGCUCACAACUACCACAACUCGACUCAUCCAUCCUAGCACUCACGUUCCGGCCAUCACCUCAUCCGUCUCUCUCUGCGGCGGCCGACGGUAAUCGCGGCCUCCACGCGACACGCAGCACGGCUCAUCCUGUGGCCCACGAACUGCCGACGUCGAACGAGAUGCUCGUCGCAGUCACCGCGAAGCACCAGCUGGUAGAAUUUGACGUGGUGAGCUGCCGACUCAGCGACUGGUCCCGACGAAACCCCUCGCGCUUCCUUCCACAAGCGUUCAAGUCCCUCAGCCCACCCAUCGUCGGAUGCUUCUGGGACUGCACCGACCGGGCCAACAAGGGCGAGCGGCUAUGGCUCUACGGGUCCAAUUGGUUGUUCAUGCUCGACGUGUCUCAGGACCUGCCUCAGGACAAAGGGGUCAAGGCAGAGAAGAUCUGUACGCUGGGGAAGUAUAACGUGCUGGACCCAGUCUUGUCGCAUCUGCAGCACCGUCAGGAUGGCAAACGCCAACAUGGGGUCAUGUCAGAGAUGCUCGGAAACGGUGGCAACGCUCACAAGAAGCAGAAGCGCACCACAGGUGGUGUGGGACGGCCAUUGUCCGCGCAGCAAAGGACCAGCGGAAUUGGUAGAGCAAUGCUCAAAUACACAGGCCCAAGUAUAGAAGGUGACGAUGUUGAUGUGAUUGAUCUGGACGCCGACCUGAACGCGGAUGGUGACAUGGACGUUGACGAUGACGGUGACGAUGCCGAUGCUCUCGCUUUGAUGCGUCGGGGUGAAUAUGGAGACGAGCGGUUGGAAAGCGGAGACACCAACAACGCGAUUGAGACGACGGUGCACAAAACUCGACGACCACAUUGGAAGACGUACGAAUAUAGCGAUAUUCUAGGCAUCGGGGUUUUGGGACCUGUCUCGUCCGCAUCUGGGGCCGACUCGGGGGCUGUGAAUGCAGUUCACGGGCAUGAAACCGAAAAUGGAAGCGGACAUGGACCUGUCGAGAAGAAAACGGAGAGGACGGAAGAGAAUCUUGAAGUUGUCAUUGUUGAAAGGGACGUUUAUGAUAUGAUUCGAGAAAGUCCCUACGGGAGGAUUGAUACGGGUCAGGAUUGGGACACAUGA